CAAGAAAUAUCAGUCCUGGGAGCCAAGGGAGGGAGAAUCACUGUCCCCAACUCCUACCCAGGAACGCACCAUUAAAAUCUCAACUAUAGGAACCCUUUAUCCCACGAGAGGGUUAAGUCCAGGCCAGAGGCACGAAUAAGGUGUCUAUUCUGAAGGGAAGAAUUCUGUAAGGAUGGACCCACACCAGCAGGUUGCCAGCUUACGGAAUGGGAGUACAUUACAGGUUUCUGAGCGCGAGAAAACCUCUCAGUACGUGAACCAGGUUCAAAGGCGGGAGGACAGGCCCACGGAAGGGAGACGGUAUGCCUGUAGUGAAUGCGGGAAGAAGUUUGCCCAGAGCUCAGGCCUCGUUCGACAUCGGAGAAUCCACACUGGCGAGAAGCCCUACGAGUGUGGUCACUGCGGAAAAGCCUUCAGCGUGCGCUCCACCCUCACUGUGCAUGAGAGAAUCCACACUGGCGAGAAGCCCUAUACCUGUAAUGAGUGUAGGAAAGGCUUCAGUGUGAGGGCACACCUGAUCAUACAUCAGAGAAUCCACAAUGGGGAGAAACCGUAUGAAUGUAAUGAGUGUGGCAAAGCAUUUAGUGUGAGCUCAGACCUUAUCAAACAUCAGAGAAUCCACUCUGGUGAAAAGCCCUAUGAGUGUGAUGAGUGUGGGAAAGCCUUCAGCGUGAGCUCCGCCCUCAUCAAACAUCAGAGAAUCCACACAGGAGAGAAGCCGUACGAGUGCAAGGAGUGUGGGAAGGCCUUCUAUGUGAACUCUGCCCUAAUUAACCACCAGAGGAUUCACUCUGGAGAAAAGCCGUACGCGUGUGGAGAAUGCAGGAAAGCCUUCAGCCAGAUCUCAACCCUAAUUCAUCACCAGAGAAUCCAUACUGGAGAGAAACCGUACGAGUGUGACGCGUGUGGGAAAGCUUUCCGUGGGAGUUCUAAUCUUACUAAGCACCAGAAAAUACACGCCAAAGGAAAGUGUCAUCAUUGAUUUAUGUGGCGAAGAUAUUCCAAAGGCCUUUUUUUUUUGUAUCAGGAGUUAACACUAAGAGAAGGGCAUGGAAGAAGUUGAUGUUUUAAUUGAUACCUGGUCCUUUAGAAUAUUGAAGAAGUGAGAAGUCCGUGAAAAGUGCUCCAGAAUGACUAGUUAAAGCUCUGAAAUCACGUCGACUUCUGAGAAUGCGCUUUCACAACUCACAAGGAUGGAGGUUUGCAGACAGACUCUUCUGGGUGGAGAAUACUCUUCUGAGAUCAGCACUGAAGUGAUGCCAUACCCCACCCCAAACCAGCGCAACUGAAUCCUAAGCAGUAAGUGAGGGUGACUCCUGGCCUUAGACAAGGAGUCUAUCUCCCUGCAGAGUUUUGCGGAAGUCUAGCACAGAGGACUAAAUGGGAACAUUCCCCAGGGCCUCCACAAGUCCAGGGGCUUCUGAAUAGGUCAGCCAAGUGAGGGAGGAGCCCCUUUGAGGAAUCACAGCUUGCACUGCUUCAAGCCAAGGACAGUAUCACUCUGAUAAAGGGAUAAGUCUCACUGAUAAGUAUCACUCUGGUAAAGACACUUGGGAGAACCUGCCCUGAAUUUCACUUCUGUCAGUGCCCUGGGAGUGGGAAAUUCUCCCUUCACCUUGCCCACAAUUUCAGCUUCAGCUGUGAUAAAAGCAUCUGCUGCUCAGUCUAACGUGAGUGAGUGCUCCAGAAAUGCCUCUCCCCGAGAAAACAAGCCCUGGAGCACCAGCAGUCCUGACUGAGCCCCAGCAGACUUGAGGAAACCCUAUGAGGAUUCUCAGCCCGGAAGGACCUUCAGUGUAAACCCAGGUCCCGUGGCACUGCACAGCAGAGAAGCCACCUAAAGAAGAGUCCCACGAGAGUAAAGAAUGUGGCAAAGCCUGCGGAUACUGGGAGGGUCUUGUCAGGCGUCAGAGGACCCGUGAGGAUAUCUUCAGUGCUGUAAAUGUUCGUGUGAGCUCAGCUCUCAUCAAACAGAAGCAAAUUCAUCUUGGACGCGAGUGCGUAGGUGGAAGGUCUUCAUUUGGAAGCAGCGCUUCUUGCCAGAAAACCCAUAAAUGGAAAAAUGUGGGAAGGCCUUCACUAAGAUCAGUCUUCUCCAUCAGUAAAUACACCCUGGAGCAAAGCCCUAUAUGUGUGACUGCUCUGGGGACCUUUCAGCGUUAGCUCAGUUCUUACAGUGGAUCAGAGAUUCCUCUUUGAGUGUAAGUGAUACGGGAAAGCCUUCAGUCAAAGUUCAAAUCUUACCAAACAUCAGUCUAUACUGGAGAGAAGUCUUCUGCCUGGGGUGGGUAUGAACUCCUUUCUUCAGACAUCAAAGGAUACACAACAAAAAUAAACUUCAAUUGUCAAAUAUAUGGUAAAGGUAUAGUACAGGACUUUUUCAACAUCAAGCAUCACAGUUAAGUAGGAAGAGCAUGCAACUCUUGAUCUCAGGGUCAUGAGUUUGAGCCCCGUAUUGGGCCUAGAGAUUAUUAAAUAAAUAAAAACUUUAAAAAUCCAACUGCAUACAAUCAUUUGACCAUUUUAUGGAAUUAAGACAAGUGUUUAUUAGAGACUUUGUCAGGUCACUUCAUGGGGAAAAGUGAAUUAAAACAUCUGUGACAGAUCUCUAUGGGUAUUUAACUUUCUUUGGCACAGUUAGCUUUCAUUUUCUGUAGUAAAGGUAGAGAAUGGGGGGAAAGUCUUUAUUCACAACCUUUGAUGAUUGAAACAUUAUUACAUUUAUUUUUGGCUUGGAAUUCAUGAUGCUAAUUAAAAUAGUUUUUCUAA